AUUUCACUUAAUUUUGGCUCCAAUUGAAAACCGUUGUUUAAAAAUUUGUUAAAAAAUUGCUAAUUUAAAGCCUAAAAAUGCCCAAAACUCGUAAAGCUGCUUCAACUUCGAAGGCAAAGGACGACGAACCGGUGUCGAAAAAGCCCAAAUUAUCAGUUGAACCUGCAGCAAAUGACGAUGCAAAAGGUGCAUUUCUCAUUAUCGAACACUGUACCUCCUGAUCCGUGUUCAAAAAGCGGGCUCAAACUAUCUUCAAUGAAGUUUUGGAGCUCCUUGACGAUUCUUCGUCACAACUUUCACUCAAACUCAAUCCUAAUGGAAAACCAGCUCGUGGUUCCUUCGAAAUUUACAUUCAAAAAUCCGCCGACGAUGAAAAAGUACAAAUUUGGACGGGCAUCAAGAAAGGUCCGCCCCGAAAAGACAAAUUUCCGGAAGCUGCAUCGUUGAUGGAUGCCAUCAAAAAGGCCCUGUUGUAGCUGUUUGCAGUUCGUGACGUAAUUCGUAUGAUAAGGAUGGAGCUAACUCUGAAAUAUGGGGACUGUCUUUUGAUGUUUUGAAUUCUUUGUGAUCUGUAAUUUAGCGAAAAUAAGGCUUUUUUGCACAAAAUAAAUUUUGUUACCUGAGAAAAUCUUAAAUUAAAGAAGUUUUU